AUGUCUCAAGCAGGGCACCUCGCUUUGGUGACCGGAGGCACCGGGUUUGUGGCCGGAGAGCUGGUGAAACAGCUACUGGAAAAGGGUUACCAGGUGCGCACCACAGUCCGACCUGGCACGGAUGUCUCUCGCCUGCAACCCCUCAAGCUGCUGGCCCAGGCACUCCCAGGAAGCCUGGAGAUUGUUGAGGCAGACCUACUGGCAGAGCAGGCCUUCCACCAGGCCGUGGCUGGGGCGGAGGUGGUCUUCCACGUCGCCUCACCCUUUUUCAUCGAGGCCGACGACCCGCAGGCGGCCCUGGUGGAGCCGGCACUGCGCGGCACCGCCUCCCUCUUCGCGGCUGUCGCCGCCCAGGGCAAGGGUGCGGUGCGCCGGGUGGUCCUCACCAGCUCCUGCGCUGCGGUGAAGGGCAUGCACCCUGCCCCGCCCAAGGAUGGGCGUCGCUACACGGAGGCCGACUGGAACACGACCUCCACCGUGGAGGGCGGCCAGGCCUACUGGGUGGGGAAGACAAAAGCAGAGGAGCUGGCCUGGGAGCAGGCAAAGCAGCACGGCAUCGACCUUGUCACAAUCCUCCCCGAGUUCAUUCUGGGGCCUGUCCUGUCGCCCCACGCACGCGGCACCUCCGAGCACUUCCCGCACCUGCCAAUCAAGGACGGGGAGGACGGCGAGCCGCCUGAGUUUGGCGUGGACGCCAGCGCGGCAGCCGAGUUGCUCAGCGUGCACAGCGUGCCGGUGGAGGAGACCCUCGUGGACAUGGCCCGCACGCUCCUCGCCUUUGGGCUAUGA